GUGCGCGGCGCAGGCCGGCGAGGGAAGCACGUCACUUCCUGUUUCUUUAGGGGAACGUGGCUUUCCACGCAUAGCCCGUCUUCCCUUUUGCGUCUCUGCUGCAGCUGCCGGACCUGGAGUCGGACCCCGAGUGCAGCCUUGCCAUGGACUCGGCCCUCAGCGACCCGCAUAACGGCAGUGUCGAGGCAGGCGGCCCAACCAACGGCACGACGCGGCCGCCUUCCACGCCCGAGGGCAUCGCGCUGGCCUAUGGCAGCCUCCUGCUCAUGGCGCUGCUGCCCAUCUUCUUCGGCGCCCUGCGCUCCGUGCGCUGCGCCCGCGGCAAGAAUGCCUCGGACAUGCCCGAGACCAUCACCAGCCGGGACGCUGCCCGGUUCCCCAUCAUCGCCAGCUGCACGCUCUUGGGGCUCUACCUCUUUUUCAAAAUAUUCUCCCAGGAGUACAUCAACCUCUUGCUGUCCAUGUAUUUCUUCGUGCUGGGAAUCCUGGCCCUGUCCCACACCAUCAGCCCCUUCAUGAAUAAGUUUUUUCCAGCCAACUUCCCAAAUCGACAGUACCAGCUGCUCUUCACCCAGGGCUCUGGGGAGAACAAGGAAGAGAUCAUCAACUAUGAGUUUGACACCAAGGACCUGGUGUGCCUGGGCCUGAGCAGCAUCGUUGGUGUCUGGUACCUGCUGAGGAAGCACUGGGUUGCCAACAACCUCUUCGGCCUGGCCUUCUCCCUUAAUGGGGUGGAGCUCCUGCACCUGAACAACGUCAGCACCGGCUGCAUCCUGCUGGGCGGGCUCUUCAUCUACGAUGUCUUCUGGGUAUUUGGCACCAAUGUGAUGGUGACAGUGGCCAAGUCCUUUGAGGCACCAAUAAAAUUGGUGUUUCCCCAGGAUCUGCUGGAGAAGGGCCUGGAAGCGGACAAUUUUGCCAUGCUGGGACUCGGAGACAUCGUCAUUCCAGGAAUCUUCAUCGCCUUGCUGCUGCGUUUUGACAUCAGCUUGAAGAAGAACACCCACACCUACUUCUACACCAGCUUUGCAGCCUACAUCUUCGGCCUGGGCCUGACUAUCUUCAUCAUGCACAUCUUCAAACACGCCCAGCCUGCGCUCCUGUACCUGGUCCCCGCCUGCAUCGGCUUUCCUGUCCUGGUGGCACUGGCCAAGGGAGAAGUGACAGAGAUGUUCAGCUACGAGUCCUCAGCGGAAAUCCUGCCUCAUACCCCGAGGCUCACCCACUUCCCCACAGUCUCGGGCUCCCCAGCCAGCCUGGCGGACUCCAUGCAGCAGAAGCUAGCUGGCCCUCGCCGCCGGCGCCCGCAGAAUCCCAGCGCCAUUUAUGAGGAGUCAAAUCCAAAGGAUCCAGCAGCAGUGACAGAAUCCAAAGAGGGAACAGAGGCCUCGACAUCGAAGGGGCUGGAGAAGAAGGAGAAAUGAUGCGGCUGGUGCCUGACCCUCUGAGGGCCAGACACACGGGCCCGCACGGCCGCAGUCCUGCUGAAGGGGAACGGCAGCUCCAGGAGAGGGGCAGGGGCAGCAGGCUCCCUCCAACAGGGCCUCCGGGGCCUGGUUCCCUCUCCCCCAUCUCUGGCCUUGCUCUGCCUCUCCCCAUCCCUGCCCGCAAAGGAAGCCCCCAACUGCCCCCACCCCCCCAGGUGCCAGGUGGGAAAAGUGGGUCUGACUUUUAGACUUUUGUAUUGUGGACUGACUUUGCCUCACAUUAAAAACUCAUCCCAUUGCCCGGGCAA